AACAAAAAAUUGUGUUCCUCUUUGUUUUUCUUGGUGCGUGUACUUCAGUGUUAAAAUCCUUGAUUAUCUGAAAUUAAAAAUCGAAUAAUUUAAAAAAAUGUUGCGAUUCGCUGUGAUAUCAUCUACAUUGGUUGCCGUUUGCUUUGCUUAUGGCGGUGGUGGUGGAGGUGGCGGUGGUGGUUAUGGGGGUGGUGGUGGCGGUGGUGGUUAUGGGGGUGGUGGUGCUGUCAUGAUGGUUAGCUCUGCCGGAUAUGGUGGCAUGGGAGGUGGUGGCGGCGGCGGCUAUGGUGGUGGUAAUUUUAAUACAAAUAGAGCCAAAUUUAUACCAUUUCUAACCGGUCUUAAAUCUUUACUAAUUUAUAAAGGUAUGGGAGGUGGUGGUGGUUCUUACGGUGGUGGUAUGGGUGGUGGUGGUGGUGGUUAUGGUGGCGGAAUGGGUGGAGGAAUGGGCGGUGGUAUGGGAGGUGGUGGUGGUGGAGGCGGCGGCGGUGGUGGCGGUCCACAAGUCAUCAAAGGCGCCAUCCAAUCACGUCAAACCUUCGAAGUUCGACCAGUGCCAAUCCAAAUGAGCCAAGGUACUCCACGUAUCGUUGAAUUCGAUGGUGGUUCAGCUCCAUUGAAAUUGCAUUUCAAAUCUUCCGGCGGAAAAAUUCAAAUUAUGCAAUCAAACAUGGGAGGCUACGGAAAUGAACCAGAAUACACUCAAUCUGAAGAAGAACCACAACGAUUGAUUCAUGAAGUGAAAAAACCAAUCAUCCAAGAAGUCCGUGAAAUCAUCAUUCCAUACCGUAAAGUCGUCCAAGAAGUUCGACCAGCCAAAGAAGAAGUCAAAACUAUCGUCAGUCAAGGACAAGGCGGUGGUGGAGGUAAAUUUACUUUUAAUAUUAAAAAAAUAAUUAACGAAAACUCUUCUAUAGGUUAUGGCGGUGGUAUGGGUGGUGGUGGCGGAGGCGGCUACGGAGGCGGAAUGGGUGGUGGCGGAGGUGGUUAUGGUGGUUCUUCCGGUGGUGGAGGAGGUUAUGGUGGUUCUUCUGGUGGCGGAGGCGGCUAUGGCGGUUCCUCUGGCGGUGGUGGAGGAUAUGGUGGAUCUUCCGGCGGGGGUGGAGGUGGUUAUGGCGGUUCCUCUGGUGGUGGUGGAGGUUAUGGUGGUUCUUCUGGUGGUGGUGGUGGUGGAAGUUAUUAAGCCAUCUUUUUUUAAGCCACACUUUUAUCCAAAUGAGCCAAAAAUAGUAGGAAAAAAAUUCUAUCUAACCACAUAAAAUCUACCUAAACAAAUCAACCAAAAAAAACAAGAAAAAAUAACACCAAGCCACUUUCAUCAACACACUAAGCCAAAAAAAAAACCAACCCACUUAAGCGCAAGAAUUAGAA